AUGAGGCUGUUCCGCCGCCGCUACAGCACCUUGAAGGUGGCCUUGGCGGGCGCCGUCUUCGUCCUCUUCCUCUUCAUCCUCCAGAAGGACGUGGGGAGCAAGGAGCCGGGCGAGGAGCCGUGGCUGCGGAACAUCGUGCAGGGCAAGGACCAGGUGCUGGACCUGAUGCUGGGCGCCGUGCGGGACCUGCGGGACUCGAUGCCGCGGCUGCAGAUCGGGGCCCCGGAGCCGCCGCCGGAGCCGCUGCCCAGCGCCCGCUCCUGCCUGCCCGGCGUCUACACCGCGGCCGAGCUGCGGCCGCUGAUGGAGAGGCCCCCCCAGGACCCCGCCAGCCCCGGCGCCGACGGAAAAGCCUUCAAGAAGGAUCGCUGGACGCCCGAGGAGACGAAGGAGAAGGAGCGAGGCUACGAGAAGCAUUGCUUCAACGCCUUCGCCAGCGACCGCAUCUCCCUGCAGCGUGCGCUGGGCCCCGACAGCCGCCCGCCCGAGUGCAUCGACCAGAAGUUCAAGCGCUGCCCUCCCCUCCCCACCACCAGCGUGGUGAUCGUGUUCCACAACGAGGCCUGGUCCACCCUGCUCCGGACCGUCUACAGCGUCCUGCACUCGUCCCCGGCUCGGCUGCUCCGCGAGGUCAUCCUGGUGGACGAUGCCAGCACGGACGAGUACCUGAAGGAGGAGCUGGAUCGCUACGUGGAGCAGCUGCAGAUCGUGCGCGUGGUGCGGCAGCGGGAGCGCAAGGGGCUCAUCACGGCGCGGCUGCUGGGGGCCAGCGUGGCCAGCGGGGAGGUGCUGACCUUCCUGGAUGCCCACUGCGAGUGUUUCCACGGGUGGCUGGAGCCGCUCCUGUCCCGCAUCGCCGAGGAGCCCACGGCCGUCGUGAGCCCCGACAUCGCCACCAUUGACCUCAACACCUUCGAGUUCUCCAAGCCCGUCCAGAACGGGAAGCAGCACAGCCGGGGCAAUUUCGACUGGAGCCUGACUUUCGGCUGGGAGAUCGUUCCCGCGCGGGAGAGGCAGCGCAGGAAGGAUGAGACAUUCCCCAUCAAGUCCCCGACCUUUGCAGGUGGCCUCUUUGCCAUCUCCAGAUCCUACUUCGAACACAUCGGCUCCUACGAUGACCAGAUGGAGAUUUGGGGGGGUGAGAAUGUGGAAAUGUCCUUCAGGGUGUGGCAGUGCGGGGGACAGGUGGAGAUCAUCCCCUGCUCCGUCGUGGGCCACGUGUUCCGCUCCAAGAGCCCCCACACCUUCCCCAAGGGCACCCAGGUGAUCUCCCGGAACCAGGUGCGCCUGGCCGAGGUCUGGAUGGACGACUACAAGGAGAUCUUCUACCGCCGGAACCAGCAGGCCUCCCAGAUGGCCAGAGAGAAGACGUUUGGUGACAUCACAGAGCGGCGCAGGCUGCGGGAGCGGCUGCACUGCAGGAACUUCACCUGGUACCUGCAGAACGUCUACCCCGAGAUGUUCGUGCCCGACCUGACCCCGACGUUCUACGGAGCAAUAAAAAACGAGGGCACCAAGAGCUGCCUGGACGUUGGGGAGAACAACCACGGUGGGAAACCUCUCAUCAUGUACCCCUGCCACGGCCUGGGGGGCAACCAGUACUUCGAGUACACGAGCCAGCGGGAGCUGCGCCACAACAUCGGCAAGGAGCUGUGCCUGCGCGGGGCCGAGGGCACGGCCGAGCUGGGCGAGUGCCAGUUCCGAGGGAAGCCCGGCCGGGUGCCCGCCAGCGAGGAGUGGGACCUGGCGCAGAACCGGCUGAUCAAGAACUUGGCCUCGGGGCUGUGUCUGACGGCGCGGGGGAAGCACCCGGCGCUGGUUCCCUGCGACCUCACGGACCCGCACCAGCUCUGGUCCUUCACCUAAAAGGGAGCGGAGCUCCCGGCCGCGCCGGCCACGCUCAG